AUGUUGCAAGUUGUCGGUGCUGCUCCAGGUUCGCAUGCAAAGCAAGACUAUUACGAGGUGUGGAGAAACUCUUCUGAAUUCCGGGAAGUUAACAGUGAAUUGGAUCGCAUGGAAACUGAAUUGUCCAAAUUACCAAGAAAUCAUUCUCCUGAAGAACACCAAUCCUACGCUGCACCAUUUUGGAAACAAUACUGGUACGUCACAUGGAGGGUUAUAGUUCAAAAUUGGAGAUCUCCUGGCUAUAUUUAUUCGAAAUUGUUCUUGGCAGUGUUUGCUGCUUUGUUCAAUGGAUUUUCAUUUUUCAAGGCAACAAAUUCCAUUCAAGGUUUACAGAAUCAAAUGUUUGCAGUGUUCAUGUACACCACUCCAUUCAAUACUUUGAUUCAACAGAUGUUGCCGUACUUUGUGAAACAACGAGAACUUUAUGAGGUCAGGGAAUCUCCAUCAAAGACUUUUGGUUGGUUAGCUUUCAUUUCAGCCCAGAUCACGUCCGAGAUUCCGUACCAAGUUUUGGUGGGCACUAUGGCUUUUUUUUCUUGGUACUAUCCAGUCGGUCUAUACCAGAAUGCAGAACCAACUGGAGCUGUCCAUGAACGUGGAGCCCUUAUGUGGUUAUUCUUCUCUUCCUUUUUCGUCUACACUUCAACCAUGGGUCAGUUGUGUAUAUCUUUCAUUGAACUGGUGGAGAAUGCCGCAAACUUGUCGAUGAUUUUAUUUACCCUGUGUUUGAAUUUCUGUGGUGUCGUAGCCACAAAGGAUGCGAUGCCAGGUUUCUGGAUAUUUAUGUAUCGAGCUAAUCCGUUCACAUAUUUCUUCCAGGGAGUUCUUACUGCUGGCUUGGCUAACACAAAUGUUGUGUGCUCUGAGAACGAGCUUCUCAAGUUCAAUGCCCCAAAUAAUACAACAUGUGGAAAUUAUAUGGCUGGCUAUAUUGAAGCAGCAGGAGGAUACUUAUUGGCAGAGGAUGCCACUGAAAUUUGCAAUUAUUGUCCCGUAUCCUCAACAAAUGAUUUCUUGGGAUCCAUUAAUGCACUCUAUAGCGAAAGAUGGAGAAAUUAUGGAAUUUUUGUGGCCUUUAUCGCAAUUAACAUUAUAUUGACGAUAUUUCUCUACUAUUUGGCUAGAGUUCCCAAGGGAAACAGAGAGAAAAAGAGAUAA